AUGGCAAGUGCGGAAAAGCAAAAGACAGACCAUCCUCUCAAGUUCUACAGCUUCCCCACGCCCCAACAUCCACUAGCCGGGAGAGUGGGAAGCAUUCCUUGUGUUCCUUCUGUCUCCUCCUUGCAGAACCCAGCCGUUGCCGACAUCUACACGGAGCAUGCCCAUCAGGUGGUGGUGGCCAAGUACGCGCCCAGCGGGUUCUACAUCGCCUCUGGAGAUGUAUCUGGGAAGCUGAGGAUCUGGGAUACCACGCAGAAGGAGCACCUCUUAAAGUAUGAGUAUCAGCCUUUCGCUGGAAAGAUCAAGGACAUUGCUUGGACGGAAGACAGUAAGAGGAUCGCAGUGGUCGGGGAAGGAAGGGAGAAGUUUGGAGCCGUCUUCCUGUGGGACAGUGGCUCUUCCGUGGGCGAGAUCACGGGACACAACAAAGUCAUCAACAGCGUGGACAUCAAGCAGAGCAGACCGUACCGGCUGGCAACGGGCAGUGACGAUAACUGUGCCGCGUUCUUUGAGGGGCCACCGUUCAAGUUCAAGUUCACAAUCGGCGACCACAGCCGCUUCGUCAACUGUGUGCGAUUCUCUCCUGACGGGAACAGGUUUGCCACAGCCAGCGCGGAUGGCCAGAUCUACAUCUAUGACGGAAAGACGGGAGAGAAAGUGUGUGCCCUGGGAGGAAACAAGGCUCACGACGGAGGCAUUUACGCCAUCAGUUGGAGUCCUGACAGCACCCACUUGCUUUCUGCCUCCGGAGACAAAACCUCUAAGAUUUGGGACGUCAACGUGAACUCUGCCGUCAGCACGUUUACGAUGGGCUCCACCGUCCUGGACCAGCAGCUGGGCUGCUUGUGGCAGAAGGACCACCUGCUCAGCGUCUCCCUGUCCGGGUACAUCAAUUACCUGGACAGAAACAACCCCAGCAAGCCCCUACGGGUCAUCAAGGGUCACAGCAAGUCAAUCCAGUGUCUGACGGUGCACAAAAACGGAGGCAAGUCCUACAUCUACUCCGGGAGCCACGAUGGACACAUUAAUUACUGGGAUUCAGAGACAGGGGAGAACGACUCCUUCGCCGGCAAGGGCCACACAAACCAGGUGUCCAGGAUGACCGUGGACGAGUCUGGGCAGCUGGUGAGCUGCAGCAUGGACGAUACGGUGCGGUACACCAACCUCACACUGAGGGACUACAGCGGGCAGGGGGUUGUGAAGCUGGACGUCCAACCCAAGUGCGUGGCUGUGGGCCCCGGAGGCUACACCGUGGUCGUGUGCAUCGGGCAGAUUGUCCUGCUCAAAGAUCAGAAGAAGUGCUUCAGCAUCGACGACCCUGGCUACGAGCCCGAAGUCGUGGCGGUGCACCCCAGCGGCGAGACGGUGGCUGUCGGGGGCGCGGAUGGGAAUGUCCGCUUGUACUCCAUCCUGGGCACCACGCUGAAGGACGAGGGCAAGCUCCUGGAGGCCAAGGGCCCUGUGACCGAUGUGGCAUACUCCCACGAUGGCGCCUUCCUCGCCGUGUGUGACGCCAGCAAAGUGGUCACGGUCUUCAGCGUCGCUGAUGGUUACUCGGAGAACAACGUCUUUUAUGGACACCAUGCAAAGAUCGUCUGCCUGGCCUGGUCCCCAGACAACGAACACUUUGCGUCCGGCGGCAUGGACAUGAUGGUGUACGUCUGGACCCUGAGUGACCCCGAGACCAGGGUCAAGAUCCAAGAGUGGUGGGAGGUGGUGAUGGCGUCUUCGUCCCAGCCAGGCCAGGCUGCUGGCGUGGUGGGGCAGUCGCAUCAGGAAGAAGAAGAGCUCCUGAACAGGGCCAGCGAUCCCUCCACCACCCCUUGA